UCAAGCACUUAAAUUAAUAUUUCCACAAAUUUUUCCCAGUAUAUUGCAUCGGAAAUAUUUUUCUUUCUCCGUCGUCCCUUUAUCGUUUGGGUUCGUCUAAGUAUCGUCGAAGGUUCUUUUUUCUCCGACGAAAAUACCCAAUUUCCCUCCAUUUUCUUUCUAGUGACGAAUCUCCCAAAAUCAUAGAACGUUGGUGUUUUUUAUUUUAUUUUUAUUUUGGGGAAUGGCAACGGCAGCGGCGACGAUGGUCAGCUCCGCUGGAGGGUUAUUAGCAAUGCUUAAUGAGAGCCAUCCACAAUUGAAGUUCCAUGCUGUCACUAAUCUAAUCAGUUCCGUUGAUCAAUUUUGGCCAGAGAUCUCCACCAGCAUUCCUAUUAUAGAAAGCUUAUCUGAAGAUGAAGAAUUUGGCCAGCAUCAGAGACAACUUGCUGCUCUGCUUGUCUCAAAGGUCUUUUAUUACUUGGGGGAACUCAAUGAUUCGUUGUCUUAUGCUCUUGGAGCUGGCCCCCUUUUCGAUAUUUCUGAGGAUUCUGAUUAUGUUCACACUCUCCUUGCCAAGGCAAUAGAUGAGUACGCUAGCCUUCGGUCAAAGGCAGCAGAGUCUAGUGAUGGAGCAGCAGAGAUUGACUGUAGGUUGGAGGCAAUUGUAGAGAGAAUGCUUGACAAGUGUAUUAUUGAUGGAAAAUUCCAACAAGGGAUGGGAAUUGCAAUUGAGUGCCGGAGACUGGAUAAACUUGAGGAAGCAAUAAUAAGGAGUGAUAAUGUUCAUGCCACUUUAGCAUAUUCCACUCAUGUCUCUCAUUCAUUUAUAUAUCGCCGAGAAUACCGCCGAGAGGUGCUUCAGCUUCUUGUUAAAUUGUACCAAAAAUUGCCUUAUUCUGAUUAUUUGAGUACUUCUCAGUGUCUCAUGUUCUUGGAUGAACCUGAAGGUGUUGCCAAUAUAUUGGAGAAACUUCUCCGCUCUGAAAAUAAGGAGGAUGCUCUUUUGGCUUUCCAAGUUGCAUUCGAUCUUGUGGAGAAUGAGCACCAGGCUUUUCUCUUAAAUGUAAGAGAUCGACUUCCAGCUCCCAAAUCUCUGCCUUCAGAAUCAUUACAGCCAGAAUCCAGUGACCCUGGUCCUAUUCAAAAUGAAAAUUCUACUGCUGCAGAGGAUGUUCAGAUGACAGAUGGUUCUUCUGCUUCUAUGACGGAUGUGCGUGAGGCUGAUCCUAAAGAAGUUAUGUACGCUGAGAGGCUGACAAAAAUCAAAGGAAUUUUGUCUGGAGAGACCUCAAUACAAUUGACUUUACAGUUCUUGUACAGUCAUAACAAAUCGGAUCUAUUAAUUUUGAAGACCAUAAAACAAUCUGUUGAAAUGAGGAAUAGCGUUUGUCACAGUGCUACAAUCUAUGCAAAUGCUAUAAUGCAUGCUGGAACAACUGUGGAUACAUUCCUGAGGGACAAUCUGGACUGGCUGAGUAGGGCUACAAAUUGGGCCAAAUUCAGUGCAACAGCUGGGCUUGGUGUUAUUCACAGAGGACAUCUGCAGCAGGGGCGGUCUCUGAUGGCUCCAUACCUACCCCAAGGUGGGGCUGGUGGUGGUGGGAGUCCAUACUCUGAAGGUGGUGCACUGUAUGCUUUGGGUCUCAUUCAUGCCAACCAUGGUGAAGGCAUUAAGCAAUUCCUUCGUGAUAGCCUUCGAAACACUAAUGUUGAGGUUAUCCAACAUGGUGCAUGCUUAGGUCUUGGUUUGGCAGCUCUGGGAACUGCUGAUGAAGAUAUCUAUGAUGAAGUCAAAACUGUGCUCUAUACCGACAGUGCUGUUGCCGGUGAAGCUGCUGGCAUCAGUAUGGGUUUGCUUAUGGUUGGAACUGCUAGUGAGAAAGCAAGUGAGAUGCUAGCUUAUGCACACGAGACACAACAUGAGAAAAUUAUUAGGGGUUUAGCUUUAGGGAUAGCUCUUACAGUUUAUGGAAGGGAAGAAGAAGCAGAUACAUUAAUUGAGCAGAUGACUCAGGAUCAAGAUCCUAUACUACGUUAUGGUGGCAUGUAUGCAUUAGCAUUGGCCUAUAGGGGAACCGCAAACAACAAGGCUAUUCGUCAGCUGCUGCACUUUGCUGUAUCGGAUGUGAGUGAUGAUGUAAGGAGAACUGCUGUUUUAGCGCUGGGGUUUGUCCUAUAUUCUGAGCCAGCGCAGCUCACCUUUUGUCUGGUCAACACUUUUGUCUGGUCAACACUGCAGACUCCUCGAAUUGUGUCUUUACUAUCUGAGUCUUACAACCCACAUGUUCGAUAUGGUGCGGCACUUGCAGUGGGCAUAUCAUGUGCUGGCACAGGACUGAGUGAAGCCAUAUCAUUGCUAGAACCCUUAACUUUGGAUGCUGUUGAUUUUGUUCGUCAAGGUGCCCUCAAUGCAAUGGCCAUGGUCAUGGUCCAGGUCAAUGAAGCAAGUGAUUCACGUGUUGGAACAUUCAGGCGACAACUGGAAAAGAUAAUACGUGAUAAGCAUGAAGAUACAAUGAGCAAGAUGGGAGCAAUCUUGGCCUCUGGGAUCCUUGAUGCUGGUGGGAGGAAUGUGACCAUAAGAUUGCUUUCCAAGACAAAGCACAACAAAGUCACUGCCAUUGUUGGUCUUGCGGUUUUCAGCCAAUUUUGGUAUUGGUAUCCUCUCAUCUAUUUUGUGAGCUUGUCGUUCUCACCCACAGCUUUUAUUGGACUGAACUAUGACCUGAAGGUUCCAAGAUUUGAGUUCUUAUCCCAUGCAAAACCUUUUCUUUUUGAGUAUCCUAAACCAACUACUGCUUCUACCACUACAUCAGCUGUUAAACUUCCAACUGCUGUCCUGUCAACUUCAGCAAAGGCUAAAGCUAGGGCUAAGAAAGAGGCAGAACAAAAGGCUAAUGCUGAAAAAUCAUCUGGGCUGGAGUCCUCAUCCUCUUCUCUGAAUACUGGAAAAGGGAAACCAUCUAGUGAGAAGGAUGGGGAAGCUAUGCAGGUUGAUAGCCUUCCGGAGAAGAAAGCAGAGCCGGAGCCAGAGCCGGAGCCGACAUUUGAGAUUUUGACCAAUCCAGCCAGAGUGGUUCCUGCUCAAGAGAAGUUCAUCAAGUUUCUAGAAGACAGCCGAUAUGUGCCUGUGAAAUCGGCACCAUCCGGGUUUGUUCUUCUUAAAGACCUGCGCCCUAAUGAACCCGAGGUGCUCUCUCUAACAGAUGCACCUGCAUCAGCAGCAUCUCGAACCACUGGUCGACCAGCAGUAGGGCAACAGAGUUCCUCAUCAGCUAUGGCGGUUGAUGAUGAACCUCAGGUCCCGCAGCCUUUUGAGUACACAUCCUGAUUUCACUGGGUUAUGAAACUGAAGAGGGCCUAUGAUUUUCCCAGAAUCGGGCAGUGUUUUGUCGCAUUACAGCUUUGCAACUUUGGUAAUUUAGUUCAUGGCAUCUUAUCUAUUUAUUUGUUUACUUAUUUAUUUAAAUAUCCAUUUUAAAGUGAUCUAUUGAUCUUAUUUUUCUAUUGUUUCCUUUUCGUUGUGUUUUAUUGAAAUGGUUACACGUUUUAACCAUUCUCCUUUUAUGGUAUUUCAGCGCGCAUUUAAGUUAGCUGGAAUAUAUGAUAAAA